UCAUGCUGCUGCCAGGUCCAGAGUCUCUCAUGGGUCCCUGUACGGCCUCCCAUUGCUGCUGUCUCCAUCGCCACACUCUGCCAUGUGCCACUUUCAGGUCUCCUCACACUGCUGGUGUGUUCCAUUUUUUGUCAUAGGGUGCUGGCAGAUUACGGGCCUCCCAUAGCUGCUGCCAGGCCCCUAAUCUGCCAUGGGCCCCUAUACCGCCUCCUCAUGCUGCUGCCAAGUCCAGAGUCUCUCAUGGGUCCCUGUACGGCCUCCCAUUGCUGCUGUCUCCAUCGCCACACUGUGCCAUGUGCCACUUUCAGGUCUCCUCACACUGCUGGUGUGUUCAAUUUU